AUGCCUGCCAUUCAGCAGCUCUCGCCAGCUCGCUCCCACAGCUCUGCGAACAGGUCUGUUUUCGACGACGGCGACAGUGCUACGUCUGUGACAACUUAUAAAAUGUACCGCCAGGAGCGGCAGAAGCCAAACAAGAGGCAGAGGUCAACACGACUCGUCGUCGCUGUCCUUGCGCUCCUCGUUUUCAUCACACAAUUCGGCGCUAGCCUGUCUGACGUCCCUUCGGUCCGCCUGCUGCAGGAGAUAAUCUGCCGCAAGAGCUACGGUCUUGCCCCCGACAGCUUGGUCGCGGAGGAGAAGUGCCGCGUCGACUCGGUCCAGAGUCAAUUGAACGUUCUUUCCACUGGCGGCUUGAUUUUUGGGUACCUACCUGGCAUUCUAGUCGCGCUUCCCUACGGUACGCUCGCCGAUCGACGAGGCCGCAAGCCAAUCCUGGGGCUCUGCAUCCUCGGUAUGGUCUUGUCUCAACUAUUGUGGAUAGCGGCUGCUUGGAAUCACGCGCGUUGGGACUUGCGCACCGUCUGGCUCUCGUGUCUGCCUUUGCUCAUCGGUGGAGGGGAGACCGUUGCGGAGGCUAUGGUCUUUGCCAUUGUUGCAGAUGUCGCACCAGAAGAAAAGAGGGCAACUUAUUUUCAGCUUGAGAUCUGCGCCGUCCUCCUCGCCGAAGCCAUCGCGCCAUUCGUUGCCUCGGCCAUGAUGACUUACUCGAUCUGGGCCCCGAUCCUCGCCUCGCCGGCGAUUAUGUCCUUGGGCGGGCUUUGCAUCUGUCUAAUACCCGAGACACUCGUUACGAAGCAGAUUGUAUUCGAUAAUGCCCGCAGAAAAGUCACGCCUUGCAUUACUACCACGUCCGUGCUCCCAGACCGAUUCUAUACAACCGUUCCCGAGGCUGUGGAAACCACAUCCAUGAGGUCUCAGUGCCGCGCAUCCAUCAGCUCGACGAUCCGCAUGCUCAAGGCUCGCGACAUCCUCGUCCUCAUCCCCAGCGCCUCGCUCACGAUCCCAGCCGCGACAGUGACCAUAGGCAUCAUGCUGCGGUACAUCCCAAUCCGCUUCGGCUGGACACUGGAACAGACGGGCAUGGUGCUGGGCGUCCGGACGGGCUUCAACAUCCUGGUGCUGCUCAUCUUCCUACCCCUGCUGAGCAAUGCGCUGCUAUCGCGGCAGGACGACAAGGACCGCGAUCUAGUACUGGCGCGCAUCUCGGCGCUCCUGCUGGUCGCGGGCCAGGCGGUCUUCGCCUGCGCGCCCAACGUCGCCACCGCGUGCGCGGGCCUCGUCGUCCUCACGCUCGGCACCGGCCUGCCGUCGCUGUGCCGCGCCGUGCUCACCAGGCUCGUGGACCGCGACUCGGUCGGCCGGCUGUUCGGCGUGCUUGCCGUGUGCGAGAUGGCGGGCUACCUCUGCUGCGGGGUGGGUUUCGGCGCCGUCUUCCAGGCUGGGCUGGGGCGCGGGCUGGGCGAUGAUUGGAAGCCCCGGGGCGCGGGGUGGCUUGCGCUGGUGUUCUACGUCGCGACUGUGGUUUAUGUCGUCUGCGCCAGUCUGCUAUGGCUUGUGAGGAAGGGCUUCCGGCGGGAUGAUUGUGAUGCGGAGAGUUUGCACUCUGCGGCGUCAGCGGCCUCGUCGCUUCAUGAGGUGAGGGUCCUGGCGGAUGGGAGGGUCAUGAGAAAGCACCCCAGCUUGGACAGUGUUGCUGUGGCGAUCUGA